AUGCCUCAAGUGGAAGAAACUCGAGAUUGCUACCAUUGCGGCAAGAAAGGACACUUGCAGGCGAAUUGCCCCGAAAUAGUGAAGAAGGAAGAGAUCGAAACUCAUGCUCAGUUUUUUGUCGCCCGGGAGCAGCAACAGCAGGAGCAGGAUGCUGCUGCCGCCGCCCCUGCCGCCGCCCCUGAACAUGAUGCCCCCGCGGCCCCCGACUUUGGGGAAUUGAUGCAGUGGCAUCAAGGUCUCGUCGAAUUAGAGAACGAGCUCAUUGAGUUGCGACAUAUGGUUACGGAAACCAAGCAACGGGUAGAGAAUAUACUCGCUUUCCGGGAGGACAGGAAGAUAGAAAGGACAAUCAUUAAGGAGGAGUAA